CCUUCAGUUUUUAACCCUCUCCCCACUCACCCUUGUCAUUACUGAGGAACAUCGGCGAAUGGCGUACUUUCUUUCCGGGCUUUAUUUUAGCCCUUUCAUUAGUGAGUAUUGGUUGCAGAGCAGAGGGUGGGGCCUGCCCGUACACGAAGAUAGAGGCACAAGCAGGCCACUGGUUUGAUGCCAGUGUCUCCAUACUCGAAUGCUCUUCAAUGUGUGAGGGAGCUGUGUGUCUCUUCAAUGUCUCAGAGGUUGAUAACUACUCCCUGAAUAUGACUGGCUGCAGUACCAUCAGUAUUCGGGGAGAAGCAUAUGCAGGGGAAAGAGAGAUUUCAUUCCAAUAUAAUUUUACUUGUGACCUGGAUCCUCCGGUACCCAAAACACAAGAGGCUUUACUCCUUCUUAGAGGUUUAGAGAUGAAGAUUCAACUUCAUAGCCACGAGAAAUCAUCAGUUGUGGAAACAGUCGAACUGUCGUGUUUCUCUCAUCUCAACGACUCGAGGGACGUCCCUGUGUCAUUUCACCUGGUACGGGGGACUAGCACUCUCUCUGUACCCUGCCCCGUGGACUCUAACACAACAGAAGACACUAACUAUACUCUCGGGUGUGUGUCUCCCAUACAAGGCGGGGAUUGGCAAAUCUGCAGAAACAAAUCCUCACCCUACAACUGCUACCUGAUUCUUCACGACUUUGACGAUUCAGACAGUGGAAACUACACUUGUUCUACUAAUAUCACGGGGAAAGAAAUACUGUCUAAUGAACUCGAUCUUCAAGCAUUGAAACUCCUGGGACCUGCUGAAAAGCCUCGCAGUAAAAGUCACAGCCCAAGUUCAAAGGUGGUGCUAGGUUUGGGGAUUGGUAUAGGGGUGCUGUUGUUGCUUCUGCUGUUGAUGGUUUUGGUUCUAAAUGCAGUAAGGUCAUAUCAAAGAGCUAGGAAUGAUCGUUAUCAGAGGUUGUUUGAGCAAGAUCAUGAAGACAUCAACACUCCAGGAACAAGCUCAGGUACAUUUUACAUAGACAACAUGGCACAUUAUAUGUUUGUGAUAGCUACCAAUACCCUAUAUUAACUAUAGACACUUCUAAGGAGCCAGUUGAUGUGCUAAUCACUGACAAUAAUUAUAGUGGAACCUCUGAACAAGGGACACUAUGGGGCCAGUGAUACUAUUUUCCCUUGUAACGAGGUCGUCCCAAUCUCGGAGGUCAAAUAAUACUAGCAUGGGGUUAAAACAAGCGUCUCUUUGUAGAGAGGUUGUCCUUAUCUCGGAGGGUCCCUUAUCAGAGGUUCCGCUGUAGAUAUGGAAAUUAUAGCUCCUGUGUUUUUUCAGAAGCCUCAUCAGUCAAUGUGGCUGUAGUGAAUGCUGCAGUCCAGGCUGAGUCAAAUGGUAACAGAUCAACCACUACCCAUCCUGUAGUGUCCCUGGAACAACCGGAUGGCUCACAAGAGAGAAGCUCUCCUCCAGACACUCGAAGCCCCUCUCCUAACACCUGAACUAUUUCAUCAUUGGCAAUAAUAAUUAUGUACUUUUUACUUCUUUGUAACGUGUGUUUCAUUUACAUAAUACUUUAUUAAGUUAACUUUUGACGAUCGAGUCGAGCUUUUUGUCCCAAGGCAUUUGGUGCUGUAAUGCAGCCUGACGUGUCGCAAUGCCAAGA